GAUCGGUACUAUUAGAGGCUUCGAGAGGACGCAAGGUAGUGAAAUGGGUUUGUGCCGACUCGCCGCCAUCUUUCAUUCUCCACCUCUUCCUCCUCUGCUGAAGCUCUCUUCCAAGUUUCCUGCUCUAUUCUUCCCAAGUUCGUCUCCUAUAUCCGCUAAAUUCUCAUCUUUAUCGUCAUCCAUGGAAUCUCCUCCCGAUGGUUAUAGGAGAAACGUUGGCGUCUGUCUCAUCAAUCCUGAUAAAAAGAUAUUUUCUGCUUCCAGGCUUGAUAUACCCAGUGCUUGGCAAAUGCCGCAGGGUGGUAUCGAUGAGGGCGAAGAUCCUAGAAAUGCAGUCAUAAGGGAAUUAAGAGAGGAAACAGGAGUUAAUUCGGCAGAAAUUAUUGCAGAGGUACCUUAUUGGUUGACAUAUGACUUCCCACCUGAAGUCAGAGAAAAGCUUAAACAGCAGUGGGGAUCAGACUGGAAGGGCCAAGCACAGAAGUGGUUUCUUCUUAAAUUCAACGGGAGGGUUGAAGAAAUCAAUCUUUUGGGUGAUGGGACAGAGAAAGCUGAAUUUGGCGAGUGGUCAUGGAUGUCUCCAGAACAAAUAGUUGAGCUUGCAGUGGAUUUUAAGAAGCCUGUUUACAAGGAAGUUAUGACUGCUUUUGCUCCAUAUCUUCAGUAAUCGUACUCUGGAAUAAUGAUCAUUUUGUUGCUUCCAAACA